ACUUACACUCUUCAGAAGACAUCGAAAUCACCAAAUCGUCACCACCACCAUCACCAUCACCGCCCAUCAUGAAGUUCCAGCUCCUGUCCCUCGUCUCCCUCCUUCUCACUGCCACUACCGCCGCUCCGUCGCCCGCCAAACCAAAGACCUUUGAUGUUAUGGCCCUCCGGUCUGCCAGCCCCAUUCACUUUGCGCAAGUCAGUGCUGCGAAGAGCGGUCUGUUCCUCAAUUUGCCGGCGCAGAAUGCCACGUGCAAGGGCGGCCAGUCGAGCGACCACGCGACGUUUUACGUUGAGAACGAGGAGUUGGUGCUGUAUUCGUGCGAGGGGGUGAAGCAGAAGGUGUUUGUUGAUCGAUCUGGCAUGGGACAGGGAAUAGUGGGCUACAUUACUGGGGAUGCUCCUCUUCCGCGAUAUGGAGAGCUGAAAGGCUGGAAGGUUGAUGCGGACCAGAACUUGUGGUUCAAGGACACGGCUUUGAUUGCGUGUCCGAGUAGCAUUGAUGGCUCGUGGAGGAUUUGGCUGGGCUUGGGACUGCAGAAGCCUGGAGGGAAUGAGGGAUGUCUGGGUUUCACGGCGAGGACGUUGCCUAAUGCGAAGCCGGUGAGCUGCCGGUAUACUCAGCUCUAGAUGGUUCGAGUUUUUUUCUUUAGAGAGGGGAUGUGAUGUGGGUCAGGAGGUGACAUAGGGAGAUUUGAGCGGUA